GACCUCCGUGUCAGGUAAUUACCAGCCAAUAACAUUCUCCGUUUAUGACUGAUAAUAACAUUAGUGACCGGACCGUCCACGUGAUUCCGCAGAGCCGAUCUUAGCAGCUGUCUUUACUCGACGAAGGUGACGGACGCUUAACCGUUUAUUACUACGCUUAUUGAUAAGUCCGCAUACCACCAUGAGCACACUUAACACAUAUGAUGAUUUAGCGUAAGUCAGGGCACUUGCCUGCUACAAUUACUGGAUCGUGAUUUCUACAGAACUCAUCGAUUCCGAGUAAGAACAACGCGACUGUCUGAAGUACAUAACUUUCACGUUAUACUCGAGAUACAGUGUACAGUAUACUGGAAGCCCCUUGUUUCCGCACGUUAGGACUCUAAGGCAAAUUCCUAGGACUACUGUGCUGUUUUUAACUACAGUACGCUCGCAUAGUAUUGGUCUUGAGGUAUAGCCGUUUUUUCACGCAUUUCUGAUCAUAAGACGUGUUACGGCACAGAGGAACGUCGAGACCGCUGCUCUGAAAAGAAACCCAAGCGGAGAGGGCAGUGAGUGAUUUCUGCACAAGCGCUCGGCUGAUUGACGGGGUUUGUUCGGGUGGCCGUGCUCCUACUUGACAGCUCUCGCGCAGCGCAAUCAGGGAAGAAAAUUCCAUCCUUAUCAUUUGAUUAGCCGGGACGAAUACCAUGAUCACACCGGCUGGCUGAACAAGUAUCGAGUGGCUGUACUAUAUUAUCUUCCGCGAGAGAGUUGCUACAAUUAAUCAGAGCACAGAAAGCGGAGAGCCGGUGUCUACUCUACAGAUAGCUUGGUGGGGUGUUAGUGAACGGUGGUUUUUCCAAGUUGGCAAGUAGGCGAAAGUUCGAAGAUUUGGUCAGCACCCCAGUGAAGUGUGGUGUGGUCACUCUCCGGACGAGGUCUUGUAAGACUGUACGCCUCUGUGAUACUAUUAAAGGAAAGGAGCGAACGAAGCUCCUCAAACAAGCUCUGUGUCGAGCAAUUAAUAAGAUAUCCAGCGAAACAGUCAAAUGUGGAAUACGAGCUUGUGACGAAGCUAGGCCUACGACCAGCCAGUAUUCACGCUUUGUUUUCAAAUCUGGAAGGAGUUACUCCUGUAACUAUCAAACCAGAGCGCGCGCGACACAGGCGCUGAAAUAAUUUACAAUUUCAGCAAAGCGUGACUCGACGAGUGAGUCCAGAUAAGUUGAGAGAUCGCUUAUAGCCAAAAACACCGCUGGGGAUUUAAGUACCGCGCUUAACGCGGGAGGAUUUUCUUCGCUGGUGGGAGAAGACUAAAGCAGUAGGGCAGUUGUACCCCUGUCUCUGCGGUUUGAAAACUGCUUGUGAGUGGCAUCCUCUUGUACAUUGAGAGGAUCGUAACAGCUAAAACGUACAGCAAGUGGUCAUUCACUUUCCAUCACUGGAUUUAACUAUAUAGCAGUAGGAUGGAGCUGUCAGGUGGUUCGCUAUAUGUAGCUCUUUGCCGUCUCAUCUGGCUAGCAGUAGUCUUGGUGCAAGGGAGUUCGUCUGGCACCCAAGUCAAGCACGUCACGAGCACUUGUCGCAGUCUGGCGGAACACGCUAGCCGGGAACGCGUGGUUGUCCAGUCCCUGAACAAAAUCACCGGGCAGUGGGUGUCUGAGAGAUGCGAAGUGCGACCUGGACCAGAAUUUCUUCUGCGGAGUUACAAAUUUCAGAACGAUAGCCGCUACACCGCUCACCAGUAUUUCUACGCCGACCCAGCAUGCUCCGUCCCACUCUACAGCGUGGUCUCGCGCGGGAAAUUAGAAAACAUUAGGGACUCGUGGACGAUACCAGGGGCGGCUGAAGUCGAUUAUCAACUCUCUCAAGUGACCCUGACGCCUUACGAAGAGAGGCAAACCAUGGUUUUGGAAAGAAUGAUCAACAGCACCUGCCCGGAAUUGGUGAAAUCAAGAUGGCGUUCCUACAGCCCUUACGACAUUUACAACUAUGUUGAAGUCGGCUCGGAAGGCGGAGACGGCAUAGUGGUGCUAGACCGAGAUUGUACUAGUGUUUUGUACUUCAGUAUACAUGAAUUGCAACUUAUUCGCAUUGAACAGCGCCAUCAUCAUCGACGACUGAAGACGGAACUGUUCCUGGGUGACAUCCACACGGACAAAACACAGAGAGCCUCGUACCGACCCAAAGGGUUCCAACCUCCGCUCGUUAGGACAGACAGCUACGGCUGUCACCUUUGUGAUAAAAUGAAGUUCACCAACGAGCUCGAGCCUCCCCGUCUCCGUGUCAAAUCCGUGGAGAGAGGGACGGUCGAUGGAGACUGGAUCAGUACGCGAUGUGAGACCCGUCCAAACUCCAUCUUCGUCAAGCGUCGCCUUCACUUCAACCUGGAAGACUCCACGUGGCAUGGCUUCUACAGUCACUUCACCGAUCCCCUGUGCGCUGAGCCGUCUUUCACCCUCUCAGCUAGCGGGACUUUCACGAACGAGGGUCCCUCGGCGAAAGUUCCGGGCGCGCGCGAGUUUAAGUUCAGCGUCACCGUGAUGAAGAUUCGGCCUGACACGCAGACAUAUGCUAACAAUCUGAACGCCGAGCCCGUGGGCUCGUGCGGGAUACCUGGAAAGUGGGAGACCGGAGCAUUUCAAGAUGUUCAAGACACGGGCGGGUGUACCCGACUUGGCGUUUCGGUGCCGUACGUGGAAUAUGAAAUACUGAAGCUGGAAACGACCCACCGGAGCACCGAACUCUACCUAGGACAACGUCCAAGUGACGGCGCGCAACCGUCGUCACCUAGCAACAGACCAACGUCAUUUCAACCGCCUUUACGCAAAUGCCUAGCUGAAGUAGAACAAAAAGCGACCGUCCAAGACUAUUCUGUUGAUUCGGGUUGUGCAUGUUCUGUGUUGUCUACGUACUGUGCUAUUCUUGCGUUAAUUUUAAGUUUCGCCACGAGUCGCUGAGGGAUACGGAACGUUCUGAUGCAAAUUUGCGGUUGUGAUAGUUGAGAUUUAUACUUGUAUAUUGCAUUUUACGUGACAAUAGUGCAAAUCCGCCAUUUAUUAGUGAUAGAGGAUUUACGGCUACUCCUUAAAAAUCGGCAUACGCGUCCUUCAGAUAACUGUCUGCGAUCUGGCGGCCGCUGUUCCGCUAUGGUCAAUGCAGACAGCCACGCUGACUCGUACGGAUAUGGCAGCAACGUACCAGAAACGAGACAGAGAAACUGCCAUUCAGACGCAGAGCGGUGAUAGACAAUAAUCGUACAGGCAAACGAUGUAAGAUAUUUCACGACAUCCUUAGCAGCCCACGGCCUGACUUUGAGUCAGCGUGUAGAUAAUUGGCUGGUUAUUACAUUAGUGGUAUCAUCUACUGCAAUCACAGGAUUGUAAUUAGUUUACUUUUGCCAUUGCUUUCUGCCCGUUCAAAACGAUGGGUCAUAUGAUUUCUGUUGCCAUUGCAUCUGUGCUAAAUCUAUUUAAUUGAGCCUCUUCUAACAUCCAUAAAGACCGUUUCAUCAUUUACAGCAACUACCUGACAACCUGCGAUGUAAGUGAAUCGAAUAGAAAAUAAAAAUAAAUCAUACACAUCAAAGAUGAUUUGGAGGUCGCAGGAGGUGGUAAUGUCGUGGAUGGCCCCACAAUACAUGUAUGAUCCAAUUUUUAUUGUAAUCGGCCAGUGCUCAUUGUUUGAAAAUAUCCUAUUAAAAUAAAUGCUAUAAUGUGUAGAACGAAUCUUGCUUCCUUCAGUUAAGUAAGCCUACAUCGUACAUGUACCAACCGACGUGAAAUAAACUUAUAAACUUAUGUAUCAAACCAGCUUGAAGGUGGUCCAGAAUCGAUCCAGAUUUCACCUUUAUGAGUAACGGCUUUGAGCUAUUUAGAAGCCGGUGUGACAUAAAUGGCAGCUCUAUAGGAAUGGAAGUCCGGGCUCCCAUAUGAUAAGUACAGGUUAGGGUUAGUUAGAGUAUUGGGGUUAGUAUAUGGGACGAAUGUAAAAGCCUAUCCAGGUUCCGUCUGCUGUGUAGACUGGGCAAUGUAUCUGAUCAAUGACCUCUCCACGCCUUCAAUUUGACCAGCACUAUUGACUGUAUACGAUAGAUUUGAUUAGCUUUUCUUCAUUAGGCCGCUUCACAAAGUUGACCAACGAGUGGGCAGCUGGCCUUGUUUUUUUUCUUUCUUUCUUUUCUAUAAACUUAUGAUAUUCAAAUAUUGUAGCCCAUUAUUUACGAGUUAUGCAACAUUUUGGUUUAGAUCUCUUUUUAUUUGUAAAUAAGAAGGCUAAUCUUCUAAGCACUAUAGUUUUGAUAGCCUUGUAGACAGCACAGAGCUGGCAAGUAAACAACAAACAAAGGAUUUCAUUGGUUGGUUUCAUGCCGGAUUUUUGACUGCUAUUAUUAUUAUUAUUAUUAUUAUUAUUAUUAUUAUAAUUAAAUAUAAUGUUUAUAAUGUUUGCUUAAAUGAUAUCUAGUAUGAGUAUUUAAAUCUGUCUUGAUACUAUGUGCUCUUAAAUUCUUUGUAUUAUUUGUCUGGUAUUGUAAAAAGUCAAGGUAGCAAAGGAUAAAAGAUAAGUAUCCCGAAGACAGAAAGGCGAACAUCAGGUCCAUCCGAACUGGUAAAUAACGCUGCAUGGUCAAAACUCAAAACGGAAUUUUCAUGUGCGUAGGCCUAUAUCGCUGAAUUAUAUGUGGUCAUUUUAAGUUGACCAUUGCUGUGACGCUCGGCCAGCCCAGCGUUCUACCAUGAAACAGAUGUACAUAAAAAUAAUGUAUGUUAUUCUAUAGCUUUGUAUAUACAUGAUAUA